AAUCAAUUCUCGUAGAUGUCACCAAAGAAAUGGUCGAAGAACACGUUCGGCUGGGCGCGUGCCGAAGUGCUCGGCGCGUUGGUGAAUGCUGUGUUCCUGGUGGCGCUGUGCUUCAGCAUCACGGUGGAGGCGGUCAAGCGGUUCAUAGAGAUCGAGAUGAUACACGAUGCGAGGUUGCUGGUCGCCGUCGGCACCCUUGGGUUACUGCUCAACAUCUGUGGACUGUUCCUGUUUCAUGAACACAGCGGGCACGGACAUUCGCACGGAGGUGUUCCACCACCAUCCAACGUGAGGCACCUCACUGAGAUCGUGAACAGUAAUGCUGACAUGGCACUAGGCCACAACGCGACGGACACGGAGGAAACAGACGAAAUGGUCCCGCCUAAAGUCAGCAAAGUACAGAAUAAUAACAAGCAGACGCCAUGCAGGGCGAACAACGAUCCAGGACACAUGAAUAUGAAGGGAGUGUUCCUGCACGUCUUGUCUGAUGCUUUGGGUUCUCUUAUAGUGGUCGGUUCCGCGCUGGUCGUGUGGUUGACCGACUGGGAGUACAAAUACUACAUCGACCCAGCGCUCAGUAUAGUCCUGGUGAUCUUAAUACUCGCAUCGGUUUGGCCUCUGCUGAGAGAGUCCUCGCUUAUCCUACUCCAAACAGUGCCAACACAUAUACAGGUGGACGCGAUACAAAGGCGGCUGUUGGAGAAAGUGGACGGGGUGCUCGCGGUCCACGAGUUCCACGUGUGGCAGCUCGCUGGAGACAGGAUUAUAGCCAGUGCGCAUAUUAGGUGAGUACAGUUAACUACAAAU